CAUAUUAGCACAUAUUAACCCCCGAGUCCCUGGAUAGCUGGAGUCUUAUCAGCGAAGCUUUCGAGCUCCCGCGUUUGCUUGCUUGCUUCAAAAAAAAAUCGAAGCAUAUCAUUCGUAGCCUCGUCGCUCCCCAAGUUUUAAAUUUUCCGAGCUUCCAUUCAUAACAUUCCUAACGUAACCAUCCGUGCUGACCUAUUUCUCCCGACUUUCAUCUACUACUCCGCUCCCAGGAAGCGUAUAUAAAUCAACUUUAGUAGUCGCAACAACAUGAUUUGAGUCUGAACAGAGUGUUCCUGAGAAGGUGCCACUUGGGGAAGUGAUACCUCAAUAUGGAUCGUCACGCAACACCGCCGUUUAUGCUACGGCUCUUCUAUCGAACUGGCGCAUUUCACAGACCCGAUGAGUUCAAUACGUCGCAGCUCCCACCGCAUAUGUCAAUAUAUACCUGGCCCGACUGCACUUUAACAGAGCUUACUUAUAUCAUCGCUGCCUUGAAGCCAUCUCUCCUCCCUAACCCGGCAAUCGGUACUCGUUUCGCAUUCCGCCUCAUCUUUCCAGACACGCGAAGCACCUCAGGCCCGACGUCGUCCAAGUACACUGUUAAAGACUUAGGCAGCGUGAUAGUUGGUAACGGGGGACGAGGAUUGGAUCCUGACGACCCCGAGGCUGAGAAGACGCUCGACUCUGAAGGCGAGAGGACUCUAAAGGAGGCCAGGUUUGUCGUUGGUGAUUUUAUAUCGUGCGCCAUCCUUCCUCCCCUACCAGACGGUUCCGUUGCCCCUGUUUCUAGCGCAAGGGUCGGACGCAGUGCCGGUGCUAGCGAGCCCAGGGCUGCUCUAGGUCGUACCCCUAGCGGUUCCUUCGGCGGAAGAGAACGGGAGAACGGGAAUGACCGCUCUGGUAGACUAAGGAAUAGCGGGAGGGGGUACGACGGGUUUGGGAGUCGUGGUAGCAUACCGAUGGGCGAAUGGAGGAGAGGAGAACGAUUACCUGAGUCGCCCCCUGCAGGACGUGGUAGAGGGAUAAGACGGACAUAGGACAUGGGCCUGGGAGAAACAACAAUAUCUUUUGGAAAGCGGUCAAGAUAAGAUCAAUAACAUAUUUGGCGGUAACAAACAAAAUAUGGUACGGAUAUGUACUGUCCCAUGCGGACUUAUGACAAAGUGAGUUGUUCCGACUCCGGAACGUCUCACUCCCGGUUGUUGUCUUCCAGCUCCGCGUAUUUACUGAUUUCAAUGCAAGCAGGUUGUCCUGUCUUGGCUCUCGUGGCGGACGCAAAUUGAUACCCGAAUGCUGCUGAGUGUUCAGCAAGCAAGUGAUUAUGUAGAUACCCAUCAAAAUUGUCUCACAACUUGUUUCCGCUUUCCGGGUUUUAUGGUAUGCAUUUUCUGGGCUAUAGAUGGGGGCGAACGGGCAAUCAAGGGAGCAUAUUUGAAAAGUUUGGUUUGCGUUUGUUGUUUUAUCUAACUAAUAGUAUAUGUUAGUAUCAAUUUGACUAGUUUUGAUUUUGAA